AUCUAGGACUGAUAAUUUGAGAGGACAUUCGAAGAAAGUUCAAAAACCGAGAUCAAAUCGUUUACGUCUAAAGUUUCGUUUCUCUCACUGAGUAGUGAAUUGCUGAAAUUCUCUACCGGAACACGUAAUAUCAGCACCUUCUGUUAAUAUAUUCAAAACGAGAUCGGACCUCCACAGUAUUACAAACUGCAAGAAUUAAUAUAGGUUGAUAGACCUCCUGUCCUUAUUACUGAAGACUGAUUAUAAGCUGCUUCUAGAUUAUAAAGCCGUCAACUGUUAGCUCUUUCUAUUUUGUCGCAACCACCUGAAGGAUAGAGUGGGUUGUUCAUCCGAUGCGUUACAUGUGCAUAAUCUAUCUUUGGUUGUCGCUAUUUGACAUCUAAGAAUACCAAAUAAAACUAAAAUGCCCCGACAAGCGGAACUUAUCUGUCCAGAAGACCAAACACCCAUGCGAGGGACCUGUAAACCAGCAGAUGCUGAAUCACAUGUCGAUUGUACUUCACUUAAGGAAGUAACGAAAAAAUCUAAACAUCAUUCAAAAAGAAGUUCUCAAACUACUCACUCAGAUGGUAAAGAGAAAACUCUGAAAACAAAACAUGCAAAGAAUAGAAACGAAUCCUCAGUCGUUAUCAGUCCUAAGCUCUCUUCGGAUGUUAACCAACCGAAUAGUGCAGAUAAAGAAGGGCUUGAAAAAGAAAUUACACUCGGUAAAAACAAGCGCGAACAUGUGAAAAAAAAGCGAAAACAUUCGAAAGGUGAAACAAGGCAUGAAAAGCGUAGCAAACAUGAUGAUGCGAACUCUGAGGUAACUGUUGGUCAAUCACUUGUCAAAGAAUCUGUCCGUAAACACAAGCAUCGCGACAAACCUCAUGGUUCGCCAAAGAUGUCAAUGGUGGGUGGGAUAACUCAUCGUUCUACGAAGUCUGUCGUUUGCGGGGACAAUUGUCGCCAAGAUGCUCCAACUUCAGUAAAAGAACAAGGCUUUGAAGUUGUUCCACGUUCUUAUACUUAUGAACCCGUUCCAGGGACACCUUCAUCCGCUUCUAGAUGUUCUUCACAUAUUUCGCGUUCAUCUUCUUUUAGCCAAUCUCCGACACGCUCUGGAAAACAUGAAAUACACCGCGUCCAUGACCCACGUUUUCAUGAAAAGUUACACAGGCAGAGGUAUGAGCAGAACAGUAGAUCGCCAUCCAUGCAUUUACAUCAUGAUCACAAACCUGACCUUCCUACACGGGCCACAGAUAGCGAUCAUGGAACUAAUCCUGAAGAAAAGUAUAAUUCAGUAAAAAGAACGCAAUCAUCUGUCAGUUCACCUUCGAAAUCAAAGCGAUAUAAUUCAGCUACUUUAAGUUACGGGUAUCGUCAAUCAACACAACGUCACCAUUUAUCCCCAAGUCAUAGGUCUCACUCAAGACAUCAUGGACCUCAUCGUGAAAGAAGUUGUAGUGGCUCGGAAAGAUAUGAAUCUAGACGAACAUCAACAUACCGCGCAGGUGAUAAACAACAUAUUCACUCAAAGACUUAUCUCGCUAAGGCAAAACCCAGAUAUCAUAAUCCGGAUGACAAUCCUGAUUUACAUGAGAUUAGUUAUUCAAAAAAUUAUGAACGUCGUCACAUACGUGAUUCUAAUAGCACAAAAAGACACGGAAAUGAAAGUCAUCGACGUGAAACUAUUGAAUCUUUAUCACCGUCACCUAAAAUCUCAAAACAACUUCGUGAGAAUUAUGAACCUCAAUAUCAUUCAACACGUCACCAAGUUAAUAACUUACUGAAAUCCCAGUCAGACAUACACCCACCUCUGUUGCCAAAACGUGAUCGACGAAGCACAAAUGAAGUUCAUGAUUCUUGUAGUCCAAGCCGGAAGUCAACCAAUAGCAUCCCAGUUUGUACUGAGUCUGCUCAUCAUCCCUCGAGUUCUCCUCCUCAUCCUCCUUGUUUUCUACCUAAGGACAAAGAUCGAAAACUACAGGCAUCUCACGCUCUUUGUGAACUUUUGGAUGGAUUAAAGUGUGAAGAUGUUUCGGAUACUGAAUUGCACUUGAUAAUCCCUCCUUCUAUGAUCAAUACUUUGUCAUCAGACACAUCGCUGGGUUGUAAUAAUGAAUUAACAUGUAAAGCUGAAUUGUCAGUCAAAAAUAAUCGUGAUGGUACCUAUAACAGUAAUGAUAACAAUAAUAGUAGUAAUAAUGCGAAUUCAAAUCAUUUGGUUGCUGAGAAAGUUGAGAAAGAUGAAAGCACUUAUCAAAAUAGAUUAAAUAAUAAUAUUAAUCUAGACUCUUUAGAAGCUUUAUCCACUCAAAUUAGACAACAUAUGACAGGUCCAGAAAAUUGGGAUAUUAAUGACUUAGCCGAUCCCAUUGAACUCGGAGAAGAAUAUUCAGAAAAUACGACUGAUCAGGCUAAUUCAGAUUUUUUAAAUUCAGAGAAAUCAAACGACAGUUUGUAUACGCCAUGGCAAGAAUUAAUUGAAUCAGCCGGACAAAAAUUAUCCUUAGAUGCCACUAAAUCGGAUGAACAAGAUUAUGUUCAGUGUGUUGGAACUUUCAUCGCUGGUAUAGGACAUCAAGACAUUAUUUCAUUGAGGGGACGUGCCAACGGUAUUGAUGUCUUACGAAGGACUGGAGUUAGCCGUACAUAUUUCGACAGUGAUUUGCUUAUGCAUUUAUCAACAAAUACUAGUUCAAAUGAACAGUCUGGAGAGAUUUUGUGUCAGACAGUCGAAUUCCCAGAUACAUGGGCUAAAGCAAAUUGUAGAAAUUCACUAACCGGUUCAGGAAUUUUAAAUCAAUUAUCUAAAUUAGUAUUGCCUUUGUCACGUAAAACGGAUGGUUAUCUUCGCCAAAAUUUAUUGAAAAUUAUCAAAUGUACAUAAUUACUUGAACUUCUACGUAUUUCUUUUCCUUUUUGACUAUUUAUGAGGAUAUUUUUGUAAAACAAUUUUCACUUGUUUACUUGACAACUUAUUUGUACAAAUCACCACUAUAGUAAACUUUUUUAAAUAACCAUAUUAGUAACUUUCUACUGUGAAAGAGUUAUGUUUUUGUUCGUUAGGAUAUUUUGUUGUCAUAUUGUAUAGUGAUAAUAUGAGUUUCAUUUCACACAUAAACUGUGGCUUUUAACCAACACAUCAUAAAUAUAUUCGCCAUUAUCUUUGCUACUGUUAUAGUACAAUAAAAUAAACACUAUCUAGUGUAUUACUC